AAAAUGAAAUUUUCUCAAAGAGAGUAAAUUCUACGGAGCCUUCCAAUGCGACCGCCUCUACCGCUCGAUUUCUCUUCUCCGCCACUGCUUCUUCUUCCUCCUCCGAAUUCUGCGCUGCGCCUUCGCUUCUCUCCCUCUCUCCCUCUCUCCCUCUAUAUAUUCCUCUCGCUCGAUCGCCGAAAGGCAUCGCAUUGCAGACCUUCUCUCUUUAAUCCUUCUCCUGCUUGUGGCUUCUCUCGGCUUUCCCUUUCUGGCUUCGGCUGACGAACUUGGGACUUCCUCUUGCGUCUUUCAGGUGCGUCGCGCUUGUUGAGGCUGCGUGGAAUAAGGGUUCGAAGAUCCGCAGAAGCCAGAAAACGCGGUCAUUUUAGGGUUUCGAGGAGGAGAUGAGUGCCUCGAGGUUCAUCAAGUGCGUCACGGUGGGCGACGGCGCCGUCGGCAAGACCUGCAUGCUCAUAUCCUACACCAGCAACACAUUCCCCACGGAUUAUGUUCCAACAGUCUUCGACAAUUUCAGUGCCAAUGUGAUUGUUGAUGGAAACACAGUUAACUUGGGUCUCUGGGAUACUGCAGGUCAGGAGGAUUACAAUAGGCUGAGACCUUUGAGCUACCGAGGCGCCGAUGUUUUCCUACUAGCCUUCUCCUUAAUAAGUAAAGCUAGCUAUGAAAAUGUGGCCAAGAAGUGGAUUCCUGAACUGAAGCACUAUGCCCCUGGUGUGCCAGUUAUUCUCGUCGGGACAAAACUCGAUCUCCGCGAUGAUAAGCAGUUUUUCAUCGAUCACCCAGGUUCUCAACCAAUAACAACUGCUCAGGGGGAAGAGCUGAAGCGAACUAUUGAAGCCCCUGCCUAUAUCGAGUGCAGUUCAAAGUCCCAACAGAAUGUUAAGUCUGUUUUCGAUAUGGCUAUCAAGGUGGUUCUUCAGCCCCCCAAGCAGAAGAAAGCUAAGGGGAAGGGCCUAUGUUCGAUUCUGUGAAUACUUUUGUUCCAGAAAAAUGAGCAUUCCUUUUAGUGUCUAGUUUGACAUAGAAAAUAGAUUUAUAUUCGACUAACAGCCGUAGCAACGCCUAGAAGAACAGAUAAAGUAAAAAGGCCACCGAAGCUAGGAGCGGAUGAAGAAGCAGUACCUAAUGACAACACACACUAUGAAGCCCACCCCAAACCCGGAGAAGUCUCACGCGGUGCUCACCCUCCACUCCUUCCAGAACACCAUCAUAGUGAUUUGGGCGUUGCUCUCGCUCUUCUAUUAUCCUCCUUCCCUUGUUGACGGAGGCAGUGAGGCGUGUGGAUUGAAAUAACGGUGAUCAUGGCGGCGACGGCAACAUGAUAAAUUGAACCUACUUGGUGCUUUGUGAUCAUGGUGUAUAUAUUUUCAAUCUCUACUUAGUGCUGCGUUUAAUUUUAUUGGCCAUUAUAAGAUUGACAUUGUCUCAAACACAUAACUUUGAUAAUUCUAACUAUUUUAG